UGACGCGCCUCAUUGGGCAAAUGAUGCGAAGCUAACAAAAAGUGUGUAUCUGUGUGCCAGGCAGCCAGUACGCCGAGUCCAUCUGUACUGUCUUGCGUCCCAUAACGAAUGGACGAUCGUAGGCGCUGUCAUUUCCAGCUCGCAAGAUGUACUGAGUAAACGGAUAGAAAAAAACGAUCCGAUCUAGCUUUUCAGGCAUAUCAUUCAAACACUGCGGAUUGUAUUGCUUUCAACAAAACGUGAUAUUGCGACCUUUCUACGAAAGAAGGAAAAAAGAAGAACAUGUACAACUUUUAUUAUGUCGAACCGCCAAAUACAUUAGGAGGCAAUAAUGGAGGAAUCCACAACACAGAAACUGGUGUGGGAUGGAGAUGCCAAGGUAGUCCAGCAGUGUCUCACGGAUAUUUUAACCAGCGUGUACACGACUUGCGACGUGCCCGAAAAUGCCAUUUUUGGACCUUGCGUUUUGAGCCACACUUCGUUGUACGACAGUAUCGCUUUUAUUGCGCUCAAAUCUACAGACAAGCGAACUGCGCCUUACAUUUUUAGGGUGGACACUUCGACAGCCAGCUGCCCCUCCGAUGGUCUCAUGUGGUUACGGUUGGUCCAGUCUGCCAGGGAUAAGGAGGAGCAAAACCUAGAGGCCUACGUGAAGAACGGUCAGCUGUUCUAUAGAUCCCUGAAGCGAAUUGAGAAAGAUGAGGAGUUACUGGUUUGGUAUGGGAAAGACCUGAUCAAUCUCCUGCUGCUCAGUUUUAGCAGAGCUCAAGCAAAGAACAAAGGAUCGCCUCCAUUUGUGUGCGCAGAUUGCAACCAGCGAUUCCAGUUUGAGUUUCCCUUUCUGGCUCAUCUAAGAUUUUGUUGCACCAAAAGACUACAAAGCAUCCACAGCCUAAAUGAGGACUCCAAACAUAAUUGUGAGCAAGCUAACAUGGCUCUUGCAAGGUCGAACCCCAAGUUGGCCAGGUCGGAGGUCUCCAUUACCUCACAGGAUGGUAAACCUUCCAUGGACUUCCACAACUUAGCCAGGGAUCUUGAAAACAACAGGACCAGUCCGACACACGAUAAAGAUGCCGAAAUUAGGAGCGAGAGCAACAACAAGAGGAAAUUUUCUGAUGUAGAGGAGAACAGGAAUGGAAGCUUGUCGCAGCCUUUCAAGUCAAAGGAAGAUUUAGUGAACUCGGCACAACAGUACCUAGGGGCAUAUGCUUUGGAAGGGAACAGACAGGCAUUUUCUCACUCCAACCUUGAAACUCCUGAAGGCAAAAGGAGUGCUUUCACCGAGGUCAAGAAGGCACUGCAGACCCUAAAACACAGUGCGAAAAACCUGAGCUCCAACACCGAAAACAAGGGCAGUGGAAGGCCAAGCAGUGGCCCGUCGGAAAAGCAGCUGAACAUGAGGCAGGUCCUGAUGGAGACGCAGCCGCAGUGCCGCAUGGAGAGCUCCUCACUGGCCAGUGCCUUUACCUCGGUGUCUCAGCCCAUCGGAAGCUCGGAGAGGAAGAGUGCUUUCAGCCAGCCAGCCCGAUCCUUCUCGCAGUUAUCGCCCCUGGUCAUGACACCGAAGCUUCUCCCCCCUGUGGACUGUCACCCAAGCAUUCAGGACACCAUCUCCUCCAACAGACUCUACCAGCCUGAACACCUGACUGCUAAGCUCCAGAGCUCUGAGCUAGGCAGCAAUUGUCCGGUUCCAGCUGGUAUCCCCAAACAGAGCCCCUUUCUUUAUGCAACAGCGUUUUGGCCAAAGACCUCUGGACCUAUCCAGUUGCAGAUGACUUCUGCUCUCACUCUCCUCCCACCCUCCUUCACCUCGCUCUGCCUCCCUGCCCAGAACUGGUGUGCCAAAUGUAACGCUUCUUUCCGCAUGACCUCUGACCUGGUUUACCACAUGAGGUCCCAUCACAAAAAAGAAUACGCCUUGGAGCCCUUGAUAAAGCGACGACGAGAGGAGAAGCUGAAGUGUCCCAUCUGCAACGAGUCGUUCAGGGAGCGUCACCACCUCUCGCGACACAUGACGUCUCACAACUAGCUUUUUUUGUGGAAAUGCUCAUUCGGUGACAUUAUUCGCGGCUACUAUCAAAAUGGGAUUAUUGUUUAAAUGGAGUCACAGUAUUUUCUUCAUUUCAAACGGAUAUUGGGUUCC